UUAUAUCCAUGAUAACAAUCCAUGCAAGUUUAAUUUCUCAAAAUUAACUUCCAAUUCAUGAAAUUAAUCAAGAGUUAAAGCUAAUUGUUCGAAAAAGGAGCUUUAAUGCAGUAAAUAAGACUGAGGCUAUAACUAUAUGUUGGCUGUUUAGUCAGUUAUGCUCUUCACUUCUUUAGAAGCUUUGUUGAGUAUAAACUGAUAUAAAAAGCCAACGGAAACUGACCGUCAUGUCUUACAAUAAAGUAGAAGCUCUUCGAGAAAAAUCAGACGCUGAAAAAUUGAUUCUUUCAAAUGACUACAUUUCUGCCAGAACAAAACUAAAGAAAGCCCAACAGCUUUUUCCUGCACUUGAUCAUGUUACUCCGAUGCUAACUGUUUGUGAGAUUCUAUCUGCUUCCUCAACCAUAAUCCCGGGUUAUAAAAUCGAUUACUAUUGGGUUCUUCAGCUUAUGCCUUCAUCCACUUUCACUGAUAUUACUUGUCAAUAUCAGAAACUUAUGUCCCUUUUACAACCGAUUAAAUAUAAGUUCCCUGCCACUGAAUUGGCUCUUAAGCUUCUACAAGAGGCAUAUUCUGUUCUCUCCGACAAGAAAAAGCGUGUGACAUUUGAUAUCAAACGAGGUACAAGUUGGGCGAAUUAUGAAUCUUUUGAAAGCAACACUGAAAAUAAUGGGAUUCUUGGCCCUAGUGGGGUAGCUGAUAACAAUAAUGAGAAAACUCCUGUCAAUAACAUGAGCUUACAAGAGUCAGGUUCUUCUUCUUCUGAUGUAAUUGAAGGGUAUAAAGGUCAAGAUGCAGAUAUUAACUCGGCAUCAGGUGCGCAUAAGCAGGAUUUUUAUGGUUUUGAUAGUUUCAGGACUCCCGAGUGUAUUGAAAUAAAGGAUAUAUGGGCAGUUCAUUGUUAUAUAACUGACUCUUGCAUUGGCGGAAAAUAUGCACAAAUUUGCAAUAAAUCGGGAGGUGAAGUUGAAGUCACGUGGUUGAAACCGAUUCCUGUUACCGAAGGUGAACGAAGAUGGUUUGAUGCGGGGUUACCUGUUGCGUGUGGAUCUUUUUGUUUGGAUACAGAAACAAGGGAACCGAUUUCGUCGAAAGGGUUAUUUUCAUACAAAUGCUCGUGGGACUCCGGAGUUACAGAAGAAUUAUUUGAGAUUUACCCAAAAAAAGGUGAAGUUUGGGCGGUUUAUGACAAUUUUGAUCUCGAAGAAUGGUCUUACGACCCUGAUAUCAUUAAAGGUUGUUCUUUCAGGCUUGUUGAAAUCAUCUCUGAUUAUUCCAUUUAUAACGGGGUAGAGUGUGGUCAAUUGGUGAAAGUCAAUGGAUUCAAUAGCAUAUUUGAGCGAGAAACCGGUGAAACCAUUAAUCUUGGUCCACGAGACUUGUACAUGCUGGCUCACAAUGUGCCGGCAUAUAGGUUCACGGGUGAUGAGAUUGAUGGGGUUCAUGAUGGCAUGUUUGAGCUUGAUCAGUUGGCCCUAAGAAAUCGGAGUCUAGAAUCGGACAAUCAAACAGUGGUUAAAGACCAAGAGAACGAAGCAGAUGUCUUGGUUCCCAUACUGAAUCCAGGGCGUUCAGUUUUGGGGCCUAAUUGGUCCCCAAAUGACUUCACAACGGGCCAGGUCUGGGCUGCAUACACCGGUAAAGACUCGAUGCCUCGCCAAUAUGUUCUCAUAAAAACCAUGAUCUCACCAACUCAAUUAUCUGCAACGUUCCUGGAACCUGAACCAAUUACAGAGAUAGAAACAAGCUGGAAAAACCAAAACUUUCCUAUUGUAUGCGGAAUGUUCAGAGCAAAAGAUGUCAUAGUCAACAUCGAGAUAAGUCAAUUCUCACAUCCGGUAAACUGUUUUAAAAGUACCAUCACUUCUGUCUACAAGAUUUUCCCGCUAAAAGGUGAGGUUUGGGCAGUCUACAGAAACUGGAAAUCGGGAUGGAAGGGGGUCAACUAUGAUAACUACAAGUGUUGGUUAGUUGAGAUUUUGUCCGACUUUUCUGAUGGGGAAAAGAUGAUGGUUGCUAGACUGGUAGAAGUCAAGGGCUGUUUAACCUUUUUCCAACGCCUGCAAGGCGAUGAUGGGUUUGAAAUGGUUCGUGGGUUUUCGAGGAGAGACAUGUUGUGUUUUUCCCACCGGAUCCCGGCUUUUCGAGUACCCGGAAUCAGCGGGCACGGGAUUCCUGAAAGUUCUUGGCAUUUAGAGCCGGUUGCUUUGCCACCAAACAAUGGAUGGUGACCAUUAACAGUAGGAUAGUUUUUAGGGUUUUCGUCUUUAGUUUUUAAAGCAAUUGUUGUAAACUUAUUGUUGUAUCAAGCUCAAUAAUAAUUUAAAGAUAGUACAUAGUGAGGAACAAUAAAGUUAAAACAUUUGCAAUUUGUAGGAAUGAGCAAAUAAACCAUUAUUGGUUAAUUUGCUUCUAUUUUAGUUUCGACUUCUUAUAUACAUGUUUUCUUGUUGGUUCAA